AUGGAAGCAGGAAACCACACAGAAGUAUCAGAAUUCCUCCUCUUGGGUCUCUCAGAGGAUCCUGAACUGCAACCCCUGCUCUUUGGAGUGUUCCUGUCCAUGUACCUGGUUACUGUGCUUGGGAACCUGUUCAUCAUCUUGGCCAUCAGCUCUGACUCCCAGCUCCACACCCCCAUGUACUUCUUCCUCUCCAACCUGUCAUUCAUAGACAUCUGCUUCAUCUCCACCACCAUCCCGAAGAUGCUACUGAACAUCCAGACACAGAGAAAAGACAUCUCCUACAUAGGGUGUCUCACUCAGGUGUAUUUCUUUACGAUAUUUCUUGGACUUGACAAUUUCCUCCUGACCAUGAUGGCUUAUGACCGGUUUGUGGCCAUAUGCCACCCCCUGCACUACACAGUCAUCAUGAACCCUCACCUGUGUGGCCUCCUGGUUCUGAUGUCUUGGCUCAUCAUUUCCUGGGUCUCCCUGUUUCAUAUUCUACUGAUGAUGAGACUGACCUUCUGUAUAGGCACUGAAAUCCCACAUUUCUUCUGUGAACUGUCUCAGGUUCUCAAAUCAGCCUGCUCUGACACCCUCAUUAACAACAUCUUCUUGUGUGUGGCCACUGCUCUGCUGGGUGUGUUUCCACUCACGGGAAUCCUUUUUUCUUACUCACAGAUUGUCUCCUCCUUAAUGAGGAUGGUCUCCAUUGAGGGCAAGUAUAAAGCAUUUUCCACCUGUGGGUCUCACCUGUCUGUCGUCUCCUUGUUCUAUGGGACAGGACUGUGGGUCUACCUGAGUCCUGCUGUAACCCAUUCUUCCCAGAGAAGCUCAAUCGCCUCAGUGAUGUACGCCGUGGCCACCCCCAUGCUGAACCCCUUCAUCUACAGCCUGAGAAACAAGGAUGUGAAGGGAGCCCUGGGAAGACUCCUCAGCCGGACAGCCUCUUGUCUGUGA